AUUUUUCCCCCUGCUUGCUGCAAUGUAAACUACUCCUCCCAGUGCACUUUGCAAUGCAGACUACAUGUCCCACAAUGCCCCUGCAGUGGAGACACAAAAGGCGACAGGCAGGGAUGCAAGAUCUGCUGUCCUGGUGUCUCGGUGAAGCAUCUCUAGUUGGCUGGGGAGCCCCCCAUUUACCUGGCAGGGCUUGUGUACAGGGGCCCUUGACAUGGAUCCAGCACAUUGCAGGAGACAAGUGGGUGGCACAGCUGUCUGGUGUGGCAUUUACUUCCAAGGGCACCACUAUUCCAGUCAGCUUGAGCUCCUAAAAAGUCCCGCAGAGCUGGUGGAGGAAGGAUGCCCUUCCAAAUAAAAGCCGCAGCAAUCCGCUAGCACGCCCAUCGGUUACAGCAGCUGAUGGGAUCAAGAGUGAGGGUGAGGAGGCAGCCUCCCAUCAGGAAGGUCCUGACAGAGCAGACCCACCUGCAAUGGUCUCGGGAAGACCUGAGGAGGAAGAAGCUGGCGAGAGUUGGGGCAGGGCCAAAAGGCAACGUUCAGGGAGACCAGAGGACAAACCCAGUUCCCUCUGUGGAGGAAGAGCCCGAGAUGACAGUGCUGUCCCAGCUGAGAGGCCCUACAAGUGCAGCGUGUGUGGACGGAGCUUCUCCCAGAGCUCCAACCUGCUAACGCACCAGCGGCUGCACACGGGCGAGCGCCCCUACAAGUGUUCUAGCUGCAGCAAGAGCUUCAACACCAGCUCAGCCCUCAUUGUGCACCGGCGCACCCAUACUGGCGAGCGUGCCUACCGCUGCCCCGACUGCGGCCGGGGUUUCAGCGAGGGCUCAGUGCUCAUCAAGCACUGGCGCACCCACACGGGGGAGAAGCCCUACAAGUGUGCCCACUGUGGGAAGGGCUUCAGCCAGAGCUCCAACCUGGCUGCCCACCGGCGCGUCCACACUGGGGAGAGACCCUACGCCUGCCCGGCUUGCUGCAAACGCUUCAGCACCAGCUCCAAUCUGGCCGCCCAUCGCCGCACCCACACUGGGGAACGCCCCUAUGGGUGCCCUGAGUGCGGGCGUCACUUCAGCCAGCAGUCCAACCUUGUCGCCCACCAGCGUGUCCACACUGAGGACAGGCCCCACACCUGCCCCGACUGUGGGGAAGCUUUUGGCACAGGUGCCCAACUGCUCGUGCACCGUCGGCGCCACACUACCCACCGGCCCCACCUCUGCUCUGACUGCCCAAAGAGCUUCCCCAGCCACUCAGCCCUGAUGGCUCAUGGGCGGACCCACACAGGUGAGCGCCCCUACACCUGUUCUGAAUGCCAGCGUGGCUUCAGCCGCCGCUCCGACCUUAACAAACAUCAGCGUGUCCACACAGGCGAGCGCCCUUACCAGUGCCCCGACUGCGGCAAGGGCUUCAGCCAGAGCUCACACCUCAUCACCCAUCGCAGGUUGCACCAGGCCAGGAGGCCCUUUGUGGGCCUGGAUGGCUCAGGCUCUGCCCCACUAGUUACCCCUCAGGAAACCCAGAGCAGGGAGGGUCAGAGCCUCACUGCAGUGGAUGAUGGGGCAGCCCCUCGGGUGGAAAGAUGCCAUCCUGGCAAAGACUGUGAAGAAGGUUUCAGUGCCCAGCCAAAGCUUAAUACCCAUCUAGAGGUGAAAUCCCAUCCUGGUGCUAAUAGCACAAGGGUAAAGGCAAGUGCCAGGCCUGCCUCACCUUGCUGUGACCCCACCACACAGUGGACAGCAAACAGAAGGGAUGGGUCCCAUCCCUGCCGCAAUGCUGGACAAAGGCUAAGCCCAAGCCCAGCACCCCCUAACUCCUCACUGGAGGCCCAUUUAAGUCACCACCGGGGAGAUAGGAGUGCUGACCCCGAGCAAAGGUCCAGUAGGGGCUCACAGCUGUGGACUCACUUGGAUACAGACACAGGACACAGCCCAGAGCCUGCUGCCUGGCAUGCGGAGCACAGACACCCUAGUGCCACCUGCCAGGAAAGCCCCUGCUUAGGCCUAGCCCUUUCACACUGCCGGGUGCUGGAGAAACCAUUCCGGUGCUCAGACUGCGGGAAGAGCUUCAGCCAGAGCUCAAACCUGAUAAAGCACCAGCGUGUGCACACGGGGGAGAGGCCGUACACCUGCGUUGUCUGCCAGCGCAACUUUAACACCAGCUCGGCCCUGGUGGUGCACCGCCGCACCCACACAGGCGAGCGCGCUUACCACUGCUCUGACUGUGGCCGUGGCUUUCGUGACAGCUCUGUGCUUGUCAAGCACCAACGUGUCCACACAGGGGAGAAGCCUUACGUGUGCCCCCACUGCGGAAAGGGCUUUGCCCAGAGCUCCAACCUGGCUGCCCACCGACGUGUCCACACUGGGGAGAGACCCUACGUCUGCCCUGAGUGUGGGCGCAGCUUCAGCCAGCGCUCCAACUUGCUCACCCACCAGCGUGUCCAUGCUGAAGGGAAGUCCCACGCCUGCCCUGACUGUGGGGGUGGCUUUGGGACCCGGGCGGCUCUGCUGGCCCACCAGAGUGGCCAUGCCACUGACCGGCCACAUAAGUGCACCCACUGCCCCCGGAGCUUUGCCCGGCGUUCAGACCUGGUGAAGCAUGGGCGAACACACACCGGGGAGAAGCCCUAUGGGUGCCCAGAGUGUGGGCGCCGCUUCUCCCAGAGCUCGCACCUGGUGGUCCACCAGCGCUCCCACCUGCCUGAGAAGCCCUACAAGUGCACCCACUGUGGCAAGGGCUUCAGCACCAGCUCCCACCUCAUUGCCCAUCAAGUGACCCACACAGCAUAAGGUCCUGGAGCUAGUAGGAAGGCCUGGCACUCACUGCAACAAUGGGAGGAAGUGUGGCCCAGGGGUGAGGGAGGGCCUAGCAGGAGAAAGACCUCAGUUGAGUUCCCUCUUCUGCCUGAGAGUUUCUCUCUCUGACCUUUGGCAGGUCACUCCAGGCAGGAUUUCCAAAGGUGUCUUGGUGUUUGAAGGCUGAAAUCAGCAGGAGUUAGGCCCUCGGCUAAUCCGGGUGGCAGCUGCCUCUUGCUACACAGGGCAGAACAUGUGACCUGGCUCCUUGCUGCACAGCACAGGUCUCUGCCCCCACUCCCAUAAGAGCUCAGGCUGUCUGCAUUUACCUUCUCUACAGAUACCUGGGCCCUCUGCAGUGAGAAAAACACAGGCAAGGGAGAGCAGCAAGGAUUGCUGUGGAUGGUUCAGUACAGCUGUGCCACCUCAUGCCCUGGGCUGGGUAAGACCUCUGGGCCAGGAUCAGCAUCCUUGUGGGCUGGAUCAAGCCCAGGGUGUAGGUUACUGACCUGUGACCUAAUCCAUUUGGAUUUAGGCUACAUUAUGAAGUUCUACCAAUGGAGCCAUGUCAACCAGGGCUGUAAAAAGAUGACUUGCCUUAGCCAGUGCUGCUGAAUCCCUGUCAUGUGGGCCCAUCUCAGACAUACAACCUCUGGUAGUCUGAGUCAGUGUUUUUCUGGCAGUGGAAGAGCUCCCUCUGCUAGUACAGCCUGUGUGCACACUAGGAGCUUUGGUACUUCAGAGCUACAAAACAGGAGCACUGACACAUUUCUAAAAAGCUCCCUGCAGACUGGUUUCCACUGCCCUGGGCUUUGACUUGCAUCAAAAUGUGGGACAAUCAUUUACACACACAGCUUGAAUCACAGUUAACUGAAUUAGCCACAAUUGUCCAAGGAAAAAUUGUUAUCUCGGGUACUGUGUAGGGUUUGAAGCAGGACAAUGGGCUUGUACUCUGCAGGAUCCCAUAAGAAAAGGCUUUGUCCCAGGAGAAAUCCCUAGAUCCGUUUCUAGCCUGAAUGUUAGGAGCACAGCUGCUUAACUGACCCAGCAGCCCUCACAUAGGGGCUGCACAAUGUGCUGAGAGGGCGCUGAGAAGGGUAUCCAUAGCCGCCAGGCAACUGAGAAGGGUGCUGCUGAAGCUGGAUCAUUGACAAUCUUGGAGGGUGGGGGGAGCAGUCGUAAACCCUGCCCAUCAAAGAGUUAGGAUGCAGGGAGGCAUUUCUCCACUUGGGGUUCACAGCCAUCCCCUUCCUAACUCUCCAUGAAUUAGAAAGGGGAUAAGCACCUUUCUCAUGAAAAGGAGAAGAUAGUGAUGGUGGUAGUGGAGGCAGCAAUAGCUCCCUUUUAGCCAAUAGCCCAGCAGUUGGAGAGCUGGCUUGGGAGACUUGAAUCUUCCUCUUCCACCUUCCUGGACAGCACCCUAACUAUCAGGCUGCUGGACAUAUUAGGGUGGAAUUGUCUUGGUCCUUUAUGCUAAAACUCUUCUAUUUCAUAUGGGGAAAAAAAAUUGUUGGGCCAGGUAUUACCAUGUCUCUAACCUAGUGAUUAAGGCAGUCACCUAGAAAGUGGUCUGGGCAGGGUUUGAAUUGUGGGGGAACUUGGGCAGGGAGGAGGACUGACCCCCCAUAAGAGACUAGAGCCCCCCUGUAAAAUUUGAAAAUCAUAACCUGGAAGGGUCUCUGAUUUUAUAAGGCAUUGUGAUGGGAAGCUCAGUUGCUUUUUGCAGACCCCCAGGAGUCAAAGUGUAAUUCCAACCUUGGGAUUACAGUCCCAGGUACAAGUAGCACGUACCAGUCCCUGUACAAGAGCAUAUUUUUAAGUAGUUUAUGCAGAGCUGAAUUGUUGCCGCAGAAGGAAAUGGCAGACUCCUAUCCCAAAAUGUCCAGGGGCCUGGUGGUUAGGGCACUUUUCUGCAGAGGUGGUAGAUGUAGGUUUAAAACAUCCCUUCAGGUCAAUGAAGGAUUUGAACCUGCAUGACCCAUUUCAGCACUGUAAACACCAGGCUCUUUGGUAAAAGGGAGUCAGUGUCAUGAUUUCUAUUUGGGACCCAUCAGUAAAUGUGCUCUGAACAGGCUAAUUGAAUCAGGCUCAGCCCCAACCGCCCUUCUCCCCCCACCAAGUGAGAAAAGCAAAGGAGCACCUAAUUUGGGAAGCCGAGGAUAGCUGAGCUCUGAGCUACAUGCCCAGCUGCUCAGUGCAGUCAAAACUGAGGCAGUGCCUGGCCUACCCAGCAGUAGAACUUAAGAUGAAUGGGAGUCUUAACUGGUGAAAACAUUUACUGGUGGAAAGGCACCUUCAGCCUUUGGAAACAGUGGUGUGGGGAUCGAAAUUUUGAACUUAGGAUCUUAAAGUAGCAUUUGGGGCUGGAUCCACAAAAAGGCUUGGCCAUUGAGGCAGCAGCUACCUGCACGUUUAAGCACCUAAAUACCGGCUUAAAAAAAAAUCUGGCUUCCUGUACCUCAUUUUUGUAUCUGUACAAUAGGGAUAAAGCACUCCCUAUUUCACAAGAGUUAUGUGGAAAUAAAUGUGUUAAAGACUGAUAUGCUCAGACACUAUGGUAGUGGAAGCCCUGUAUGUAUCUAAGAAUACAUUAUUGCACCAGGAGUUUGGAGGCUUUUUUGUCCUCUUUGCAUUGAUGGUCCAUAGAUUCAUAAAUGCUAGGGUCAGAAGGGACCUCAACUGAUCAUCGAGUCAGACCCACUACCCUGGGCAGAAAAGAGUGCUGGGUUACAUGGAUGUGAGUUCGCAGUACAGGAAAAAUUCCUUGAGAGAGCUAGACAUUUCUAGACAUGGAUAAAGUUAGGGAAAGAAACCCACUAUGACUUUUCUUUCCAGCUGAAAAAAGUUGGUGGAAGUGUCAGAAAACAUGAGAUAAUUAUUUUCUU